GCUCAAGUUCCGCUGUCGAAUCACGUGAUACUCUCCUCUUUAGCCCGGAAGCGGAAAUAAGUGCCGGAAGUUACUGAGUGACCUGAGCUUGGCAUUGAAACGCAGAGUGACAAGCAAGUAAACCAUGGGGCUACACUUUGGAGACCUCGCCAAGGUUCGGCAUGUUAUCACCUUCACGUUGUCUCCGUUUGAACAGAGAGCUUUUGCCAACGCUUUCUCCAAAGGGAUUCCCAAUAUUUGGAGGAGGUUCUCGUCCAACUUUCUUACCGUAAUGCCACCCUUUGCUUUGGCAUAUUUGAUCUACAACUGGGGUACCCAUGAACACCAGAGACUAAAGAGGAAGGAUGCAUCCCUGUAUGAGAAUGACCAGUAAAGCAGUCAGGUGGAGAGCAUUACACCCAUCCUCUGACACUCUAAGACUCUGUCAAUGCUGCAUAGUGUGAGAAGGAUUAUUUAUUGCAGCCUGAAAUCUGACUCUUCACAAAAUAAAAUUCUUAUUGUUCA